AUGGGGGCUCUGACCGCGCUGCGGGACCUGUCUGCCGAGGGCUGCCCCCUGACGCCGCCGCUGGACGGCCUCUACCGCCACGACCCCCUGCUGCUGGCCGCGAUCCACGAUCUCUCGGCCACAGCGCUCGAUCUGUCCGAGGCGGGGCUGGAUGCGGUGCCGCCGCAGGUGCUGCGGCUGACGGGCCUCACCAGCCUCAAUCUGUCCAAGAACCAGAUCAAGGAGCUGCCGCCGCAGCUCGGCGCGAUGACGCGCCUCACAUCACUCAUACUGCGCGGCAACCCCCUGCGGCAGCCGUUUGGGCGGCUGGCGGACGCGCACGGCGACCUGGCGGCGGCGCGGCUGCUGGACCCCUACUCUGAGCGCAUCGACAUGUCGGAGUGCGGCUUUGACCGGCUGCCCGCAGAGGUGACGAUGCUGAUGCGCGGGUCGUUGCGGGAGCUGGUGCUCACCAACAACAAGCUCAACGACCUGCCACAAGAGCUGCUGCAUCUCAGGGGUCUGACCAUGCUGGUCCUAGACCACAACUUUCUCAGAUGCCUACCAUCCGUUGUGUGCAAGCUGCCGUGCCUGGCGGUGCUGACGGCCUCAAACAACAGCAUAUCAUACCUUCCAGACGCAGUGGCCGCGUGCAGCGCCCUGCGGGCGCUCGUGCUGCACAGCAACUGCCUGAUGCAGCUGCCUGAGGGCGUGACACGUCUCACGGAGCUGCGAGCGCUCGCGCUCAGCAGCAACCGGCUGUGGCAGCUCCCCACUGCCCUUGGGGCGAUGGUGUCCCUCCGCCUUCUGGACGUGAGCCACAACAUGCUGACUAAGCUGCCCUCCAGCCUGGGCGACCUGGAGCAGCUGCGCAGCCUGAAGGCACGAGGGCCAGCCCACCCUGCUGGCCCCACCAAGACUCUGCUGUGGAAGCCUGCUUGGCAGAUUUGA